GUGCAGGGUGUCGAUGACGAAAGAAGUCUACAAAAGCAGAGGGCUGUGAAGUAACUCACUACUUCUGUUUUCCUCGUCUUACUGAGGAGACUCGGGGAAAUUCACUUUCAUUUCGCUGACAGAGUUUUUAAAGAGGGAAAUAACUACAUUUUGGAUGCAGAGAAUGUGACGCACACCUAAAAAUGGACUCCCUGAAUGUUUCGACCAUGGCUUUGCCUUCCUGCACAUACAAAGAAGACUUCAAGCGUUUCCUCCUGCCGUCCGUCUACAGCCUGGUCUUCAUCUUCGGCCUUCCUCUCAACUUCAUCAUCAUCCUGCGUGUCUGGGGCUCUCGCCGGGCUCUGACCAGGACCAAAAUCUACAUGCUCAAUCUAGCGGUGGCCGACUUUCUGUACGUCUGCUCGCUCCCGCUCCUGAUCUACAACUACGCCAGCAAAGACUACUGGCCGUUCGGCGACUUCACCUGCCGUCUAGUGCGCUUUCAAUUCUACAGCAACCUGCACGGAAGCAUCUUCUUCCUCACCUGCAUCAGUUUCCAGCGCUACAUGGGCAUCUGCCAUCCGCUUUCACUAUGGCCCAAACAAGGCGGGCGCAGAUUAGCAUGGUGGGUUUGCGCUGGCGUUUGGGUGGCUGUUGCAAUUCUUUGCGCUCCAACAUUCGAGUUCGCCUCUACCGGCAUCCAACGCAAUCGAACAGUAUGCUACGACCUAAGUGAACCAUCCCGCUCAACGUCAUACUUCCCAUACGGCAUCGCUUUGACCUUUCUAGGCUUCGUUGUGCCUUUUCUUGUAAUUAUCGUGCUUUAUUGCAAGAUGGCGCGCGUUCUUUGGCAGGUCGGCGAAGCUCGGGAGGUUUCCGCUGCGGAGAAGAAGAACAAAGCUGUUAGGAUGAUCAUCAUCGUGAUGUUGGUGUUCGCCAUUAGCUUUUUGCCGUUCCACGUGACUAAAACGCUGUAUCUGCUGGUGAGGUCUCUGCCUACGGCGCCAUGUGAGCUGAGAAACCUGCUGUCGGUGGUGUAUAAAAGCACGCGUCCGUUCGCUAGCAUGAACAGCGUACUGGAUCCUAUUCUGUUUUACUUCACGCAGCCGCAAUACAGACGCAGUACCAAGAGCCUGCUGCUCAAAAUCACCUCCUUGAAAGACAAGACGGUCAAAGUGUGAGGUCUAAUAUUGAUGGCUUUUCUGAAUGGCUGGAGUGUUUUCGUGAUGCGAUAUCGGUCGGCCAUAUUGGAGGGCAGAACGUAAACAAUGGACUCUUCACAUUUCUGUGUUUUUCAGAAUCGGAAGUGGUCAUAGUUUGGUAAACUUAGAGCGCAGUGAAUGGGCGAGUACAUCAAAUACAUUAUUUACAAUCCUAUUUGCUGAAAUAAUUUAAGAAAAGCUCCACAUUAGUGUUAUCAAGACUUUCAGAAAAAGGAAACCCUGCUGAAAAAUCCAGCUUAAACCAGC